CUGUUUAUAAGGAACACACCCACAACUGAAUGAUAUAUUCUGAUCCCGGUAACAGGAAGCAUUUCUUACAAAGCAGUCACAUCUAGACAAAACAGGCAGAGCUAUAAAAACACAAAACAAAGCAUGAGGAGCAGAUAAAAUGGAGGCAGAAGACGAUGACAACACAGCAGCUGGAGAACAGACUGAAGUCACAUCUGUAUUUCCAGCUGUGACAAAUAACAAAGCUGAGGAGUUAGAGGAGAGUGCAGCUGAAACAAAGUGUGGUCCAGUGAAUGAACUCAGUGAAGCUGAACACUCAGAGAGAAAAGAUGAAAGAACAAUGAUAGAAGAGUCUAAAAUCACAUCUGAAGAAGGAGCUGCAUCAGAUGAGAAAGCAGGAGAAGUUGAUGAAGUUAAAGAAGUCCACAAUGAAAGCAGCAGUGACAGUGAGCAGACUGUAGAGGAGAGCAACAGACUGGAGUGCACAAGUCAGAGUGUUGAAAGAGAAAUCAACAAAUUGACGCCUGAGCUCACACUUGUGUUAGUUGGUGAAACAAAUUCCAUUGAGAUUGGAUCAAAAAACAUCUUCUUUGACCAUGACGAGCAAACAAAUGUUGAACAGUAUUCAUCGAGACUGUAUGAUUUGUGUGGUCGGCACAUAUCUGUCAUUAACAUGCUUGGUCUUCAAAGCAUUGACAAAGUCCCAUUAAACAGAGGAAUCCAUGCCUUUCUCUUACUGUUACCAAAUGGUCUGCAUAGCAGCCAGUACAGUUCAGGAGUGCAGUGGUUAGAAAAAGCUUUUGGGAAAGAAUCACUUGCUUAUUUAAUGACAGUAGUGACUCAUAAGUCAGAUGAAUCAUGUGAAAGUGCAGUGACAGACCUGAAAGCCAACAGCAGUUUCACUGAAAAAAGAUACCACACAUGUAAAAACAGUAUGAUGGAUGGAAAUGAGAUAAUAGCUCUGUUGGAAAAAAUAGAUGUGAUGGUCUCUGAAAACGAUCCACACUGCUACAGUGGACUGAUGUGUGAUGACACUAAAGAGCAGAAAGACCUGCUGGACCACAAAUACCAGGAAGAGGAAAGGAUCGAUUCCUCUGAGUCUCAGCAAAAUCCAACAGGUGAGAUUUAAAGGAAAACUGUGCUUGAUUACAACUUGGGUUUCAUUUUUGUCAGUUGCUGAGGAUGUUAUUGUACAAACAGACUGAAUGUUAAAGUUUUAGUUGAAGUAAAGUUUUUUUUCCAGUAACAACAUCAUUUUAUCUGCAACAUAAA